CAAAUGCAAGCUCCAAACUUCUUGAUCCACACACUGCUAACCCCGCGUUCCAGAUGCCGUAAUAGGCUCUUCGAUGGGAUUCUCGAUGACGAUUAUGAUCGCAAAGUAGUUGCGAUCGUUUUUAUGGAUUGAUGGACUUUUUGGUGCUACAUCGACGUGAACAUCUGCUCUUCCACUUUUAUAUCAGCAGAGCUAUCUCCCAUCCCCCUAAACGUCCUGGAUCAAGGAUCACUCAAUCAUCAGCCAAACUGAACAUCUUCAACGCCACCAGGCGACUCUCCACCAUGUCAUCUGCACCCGAAUGGAUCGAGCUGUUGAAGAAGCACGUCGACAAGAAGGAUCAGCACACGACAGUCUAUGCCUUCUCUACCCUUUCUCCUGAGGGUAAACCUCGAGUGCGUCACUGCAUUCAUCGGGACAUCACCCCCUCCAACUUGCUCCUGACGACUACCGAUACGCGGAUGCAGAAACCACUUCAGCUUGGAGAACAUCACCAAGUUGAGAUCGCUUGGUGGAUGGAGCCUCCAGCCGUUCAAUUCCGGCUUCGUGGCCAAGCAUUCACUCUCCCAGCCGACCAGAAUCAAGUCAGCAAAGCGCUCAAAGAGCUGGGUGUACAAGGUGAAGAAGCCGACGCGAAAUGGUGGGAAGAGAAACGGAAAUCAAUCUGGGCAAAUGAUAUGAGCGGACACCUCAGAGGGAGCUUCGGAAGACCACCUCCUGGAAAACCGUUGAGCGAGAUCAAGGAGAAACCCGAAGACUGGCCAGAGAGAUUAGAUGCCGAAUCGGACGAUCCCGAGCAACAGAAACUCAUCGACAACGCGUUGUCUCACUUCGCAUUGAUCGCAUUCAAGGUCGAAUGGGCCGAGUACCUCGAACUCAAGCCGAGUCCGAACCGCCGUACUCAGUGGACGAAAAAAUCGGAUGGGUCAUGGGACAAGGUCAGCGUGGCGCCAUAGGUGCAUGC